AUGUGAAAUCAACGGUCUUCGGUCCGGCCGAGCGAUUAUCGUGCGAUAUAAAAGAGCUGGUAUUAUUGCGCGAUUAUUGCAGUGCAUGCCGGCGCGUUGCCACACUGAAUGUCCCUCUGUCUUGUGCCUAGUCUACUUACCGAACAUACGUAUAAUUUCAAACAAAUUCGUGGAUCAGAUUGGACUACCCGUGCUUCUAGGCAACGGGGACAUCCACAAAACAAAUGAAGAUCUAUGCAGGAUGGUAUGUCGUUUGCGCUGUGCUCUGCGUUCGCGCGCAUCCCUGGAAAGACCGACCUAAUGAGAUGUACAUUAGCAGCUCGUUCAAUCCAAAGACAACAGCUAAUGGCUAUGGCUUCGAGGAGCAGCUAUCCGCGACGAAAUUGUUUAAGAUCUUCGAAGAUAGUGAAGAGUUCGAGGAGGAGCAGAGACCGUCGACGAUGAGAGCGAUCGUUGCGAGAGCAAAGACCAGCCCGGUCUUGCUACCCCUGAUUAUAGAACCUGAGGCGGAAAUGUUGCCGGUUGGUUACGAGGGCGUCAAGUCGCCUGGUGUCACCCACAUGGAGCUUGCGUUCCAUGAGAAACAACCGCGAGCCAACCCGAGUCGCAAAAGUGCGACAUUAAGAGCAUCGAUAACGGACGACGGGAACGCUGGUAAAUCCGGCGGAUUUAAUCGAGAUAACGACGAGCAUUAUGCCGCGUCGAAGCAUGAGACGCAAGUGGCAAGAGAUGAUCGCGGCGCCAACGGCCUCGUCGUUUUCGAAAUAGGUGCAAAGGGCGACGCGAGAAAGGAGAGCGAGAAGACGGGGUAUACCGAGGUCUCCGGCGCGAGUAAAAGCCAUUCCGAAAAUGAGGAUCGCGCGAAGAAUCAUAAAGAGGAAGUCGUGAAAAAGAAGGGCGCUACCUACGAGAGCAGAGAUGGUCACGAGAGAGCUCGUAACACCGCCGGAUAUCGCGACGUUUAUCACAAAGAUGAGUUCAACAAGGACGCUGAUUUCUACAGCAACGGACGUCGGGGUGGACACUUUGAGCGGCAUGGUCGAUACGGCGAAAAACACGCCGCCGCUGAAGACGAAUACGCGAGAGGCAAGACUAAUGGUUCCAGAUUCGUCGACGUGGAAGCCAACAAGCAGAGCAAGUCCGAAGAAAAGACGGGCGACAAGCGAGAAGCCCAAGGUCACUCUAAGACGGAUUCUACGGGAACUUGGGCGGAUUCAUAAAGCAGACAGGCUUAACGAAGGGUUGAAAGUUCGCUUUCAGCAACGGCGGCCCAAGUUGACGCGUGUAUGACGCUUGCGUGAGUUGCAACUGUACAGUAGUCGUUAAUUUAGAGAUAAAUAGAAAAAUGCUCGGUCAAAUGUACAUGUACUCAAACAGUUAAUGCGGGCACAUUUAUUCCACCUCAUAUUUUUUUGUGUUUGCACACGCCGCGUUGCGCGUUUAGUGAAAUAUAAAAUGAAUACAAGCGCAAACCCUCUUCUCCCCCUCUCGUUUUUAUAUUGACUCAGAUGAUUUUUAAUAAAUCAGUCCAAGACACAUUUAUUAUCAAUUGUUAUUUUAUAAUUUCUCGUCCCGUCUGUAGCUCGAUGGUUUUAUUACAUCAAUUAUUUUGUCGACUUUUUACUUCAGCAUAGAAAUGUUUUAAUUGGCAAUCACAAUCGAGGAUCUCGGCAAUAAAUUUCCCUUUCUACAAUUCAUCAUAACGCGGUGAUUCCAGUUUUAUUUACGCAACCGACUGAUGAUCGAAUACAACUCAACGGUAACCGCACUCCGGUCGGCGGGCGGUUAAUGGAUAUUAAACAAUGCCCGCAUUGUUGUACCGAUAAAUUGCAAUCUUUCGCGAGUGGGCCUGCCCGCGAAAUGAGAAUCAAGGCACAUAAUUGAUAUAUAUACGAGUCGUUGUAUCUCCCCCGCAUUCUCAUUGCGGGCUCGCCACCAGAGUCCGCGAGGGCAUUCCACUUCGGUAACGUAUACCUAUCGGUCUCGCACCAACUCCGCUGUAGUCUGACUACGAUAUAUGUAUAAAGCCCGCAUCCCCUUCGUGGCUCAGUGAGCUCGGGUUCCCCGCAUUCAUCAACAAUAAGCCGCAGCACCUACCGUCCUCGCAUACGUAUCUGCGAGUACCACCUUAUAUAUGUGUGUGUAUAUUCGCGCGUAGCUACGACCCUUUCGCAUACACGCCGUCGCAGUGCGUAUACAUGCACGCACGCGAUCCUUGUAUUAUAUGUAUCUGUCCGUUUAUGUACACGGUGUAUAUAAAGGUGCAUGUAUAUCGGAAGCGGUGGAACGCGGCGCGAAUACAUAAAUCAGAUGCCGCUCUGCAGGCUGCCACCCAUAUCACUUCGUACAACGGCCAUGAAUGAAUAGAGCCGUGUUUGAGUUAUCGUCCGACCUGGUCUUCCAGAAACUGCGGAACGUCGGCGUUAAGUUUUACCGCCCGGAAUGCUUCUUAAUGGAAGCGAAACGCGUUCUCCUUUAACUGCGCCACGAAUUCCCGUAGAAUUCGACGUGGAAUUCAAGCAAACUAACAACGAACGUUAUCUAAUUACAUGCAUUGUUUUAUUUCGGUAUUUCGUUCCUAGUUCAAUCAAUGUUCUCGCGAAGCCCCGCUCCGCGUACGUAACGAACGUCAGCUCUCGGAUAAUUUACGU